UGUUUGUUUACCUGUCAAAAAAAAAUGUUAAGGUCCUUGUUACAACGUGGAGCCGUAACAACAAACCGCGUAAUUUUACGUUCAAUUUGUUCAACAAGCAUGGCCAACAGCCGAUUUGAAUACGUGAAAAGUUACGAGCACGCGGAUAUUUUACAGAAAAACUGUUGGAUUGUGGUCCGAAUCGAUGGCAAAGGAUUUCACAAAUUCUGUGACGUGCACAACUUUCUCAAACCCAACGACGAACGCGGGUUGAAUCUCAUGAAUCUGGCAGCAGUCCACGUGCUGCAGGAAUUCAACGAAAUUGUGCUGGCAUACGGUCAGAGCGACGAGUAUUCGUUUAUAUUCCGGCGGGACACAAGUGUCUACAACCGCCGCCGAGACAAGCUCAUCAGCUACGUGGGCAGUCUGUUUACCUCGGCGUACAUCUUCAACUGGCGUACAAUAUUCCAGGACACGCUGGAACUAAAAUAUCCACCCGUGUUCGACUCGCGUGCCGUUUUGUAUCCAACCGAUCAGAACCUACGCGACUACAUGAGCUGGCGGCAAGCGGAUGUACACAUCAAUAACCUUUAUAAUACCAGUUUCUGGAAUCUGGUCGCAUCCGGAUUAACCAAUGCCGAAGCGGAAGAACGCCUUCGUGGUACACUUUCGAGUGAUAAAAACGAAAUUUUGUUCAAAGAAUUCAACAUCAACUACAACAACGUACCGGUCAUGUUCCGGAAGGGAACCACACUAAUGCGCAAAAGUAAAACUAACCAACGACAAAAACUAUCCUUGAUAGUGCCCAUCUUCGAGGAUAUGAUCGAUGAUGCGUUUUGGACGCGCCAUCCAGAGAUAUUGAGCGGCAAAUCAGAUUCCGCGGAUUGUUACGAGCUGGGAGACACCAAGGAGCACGUCUUGAUUCGAUAUCAAAUCGAAAAGCAUAACAAGCGACGGCCAGGAGCGGAAGUUAGCUUAUGAUACUUUUUAAUUUGAAUAUACAUAGAUGAGAAUUUCAACCACA